AUGUCAACAAAUUCAAAGUAUCAGAUGGUGUUGGAGACAUACAGUUUGAUUCUAAUCGUCGACAACGGUCAUACGGAUACAAUUACACGUUUGAAGAUGUUUUGGGUAAUAACUCUUCAGUGCCAGGUGAUGGACGAGAAAUUGAUACAUCUUCUGAGGUGGUUGAACGCAGUUGCAUCUGAGGCUGAGAAGGAUACCAAACUGGAGCAUUCGGUUGCAUUUGUGGAUGAACUUGAGGAUGAGGUUACUGACAUUUGUUGUUUGUUGUUGCAGGUGAAGGUCUUGCUAUUAUUGAUUUCAUCCUGA